AUGUGGAGCUUCAGCUUUAGAGACCGAGUUUUCGAUAUCGCAGGGGAAGAUUUCAAGGUGGUGAAGCAGUUGACCGAGGAGGACGAUGAAGAACUGGGUCAACGCAAGGUUCAAGCAAUAGCCAAGAGACUAGACCAAAAAUACUUGCUCAAGAUACGCUAUCAGCUUGACCCAAAAGACUGUGAUCUAGACGAUCCAAAGGAGAUAUUGGAGUUUUCCGAACAGGACUUCUGCCAUGAAGCUGAGCUCACACAACUCUUGUCUACUCACGGAUAUGGACCAAGGUAUCAUAAUCAUGAGACCCAGAAUCAGCCUGAAUGGAUGCCUUUCCCUGGAGGCUAUCUCGAAUUCAUCGUCAUGGACU